UGUUUCCGGGUGAGAGGGCAGAGCAGGAUGGAGGAGGCGAAAGAGAAAACCAAUGAUAAUAGCCAGUUUGAGGUGUUGGAUUUAGCUGAAUAUGCCAAACGACAAAGAUGGUGGAACCGAUUCUUUGGAAGAAAUUCUGGACCAAUUGCUGAGAAAUACACAGUAGCAACACAGCUGAUGAUUGGAGGAGCCAGCGGGUGGUGUGCAGGGUUUUUGUUUCAGAAGGUUGGAAAAUUAGCUGCAACAGCAGUUGGUGGAGGUUUCUUCCUGCUCCAGAUUGCCAAUCAUACGGGAUACAUCACUAUUGACUGGAAGCGAGUGGAAAGGGAUGUAAAUAAGGCAAAGAAACAGUUGAAAAUUGGCAAGAAUAAGGUUGCUCCAGAAGUGCACGGUGCAAUUGAUGAGGUGACUGUGUUUGUGAAGAAGAACAUUGUCCUUACUGGAGGUUUUGUUGGUGGAUUCCUACUUGGACUUGCUUCAUGAGGAUUAGUUGAAGAUGUUACUACAAUUAAUGAAUUACAAUCCGUUAAUACUUCUCUCCCCGCCCCUGAAACCAUUGAUAGAUUGUACGUGCUUUUGUGUUGGGUUUGCGUGCCCCACAGACAGUACUGAGCUAGUAUCUUCAAUUUACUUUACUAGAAGGGAUUUGCAUCAUUGAGUUGACUCUGUGACCUCCAUCAUCUGAGUCACAUGUUAAGAAUAUUAUCAACAUUGACUCUUGUCCCGGUUUAUGAUGAUACUCAAAAUGGUGAUACAAUGUUUUAAUGUGGUUGGCUGCACUGAUUGAGAUGUGGGCCUCACAUUUUAACUUCAUUGUACAAUCACAGAUGCUCAUCAUCUUGUGACUUCUCAUGCUUGACAUCUUGUACAUUUUACCACCAUAUUGAACUUCUGAAUUGACAUUGUUUCUAUGUUUGCAUGUUUUUGGGGCUAUAUGCUACACAUCACUUACAACAUGUAUUUCUAAAUAUUAAGAUUUUAUGAAAGCUGGACACUCCCCUUAAUGACACUUUAAAUGGACUGGAGCUUGUGCGAUUUGUUUGUGUUGCAUCACACACACUGUAGUUGCCUGAAUGACACAGGUAUAGCGACAAAUUCAGUGUGACAUGGCAUUACAAAAACUGGAUGUGCUUUUCAAAGUUAAAACAAUAUCUUAAGAGAUCAGGUGACUUUUUAUAUGCACUCUUUCCUGGUUUGCUUCAUCCUUUUAUCUUUGAGCUUUAAAAGCUACUCCCAGAUGUCUUCUAACUUAUUAAUUACUUUGCCAUAAGUAUUCUCUGAUCAUGUUGCUUAUGAGCAAAGCCUGAAUUAUAUCUUUCCAAUACUUCAUGUUAAUUACUGGAGUACACCCAAGAGUUCGAACUUGUUUGGCUUCAGCUGUAGGCAAUAAAAGAUUCUUUAUGUUAGAA